GUUGUUUUUGCAGAGAACAACACAGAGACCUAGCUCCCUCUGUCUCCUUCUCUCUCUCUCUCCUGUUGUUGUUUUUCAUUUAUGGGAUUCAAACCCACAGCGCAGUUUUAUUAUGCCACUUGUUUUGAGAAUGAGCAUCUUGCCAUUUCCACUCGUCUUAUUUUUUUGUCAUCCACGAUGAUCUAAGCCCAGGUCUGACCCACUUUCAGAAUCUGAGGCUGCCCAUGUGUUAGUGGAGAUGUCUCCCGCAGGAGAGGAGCUGUCCUCCGGGGUGUUCACCUCCCUGGAGGGGUCCCCUGGAGGAGCUGCAGCAUCCCCAGCCCUGGAGCUCAGCCUCACCACUGUCUACACUGUCCUCUACUCCGUGCUGUUCCUCUUCGUCUACCUGCAGCUCUGGCUCAUUCUGCACUACGGACACAAGCGCUUCAGCUUCCAGAGCGUGUUCCUGUUCCUGUGCCUGCUGUGGGCAGCACUCAGGACCACCCUCUUCUCCUUCUACUUCAGAAACGUGCUGCAGGCCAACCAGCUGCAGCCCCUGGCCUACUGGCUGCUCUACUGCUGCCCUGUCUGCCUGCAGUUCUUCACUCUCUGCCUGCUCAACCUCUACUUCACACAGGUGAUGUUUAAGGCCAAAGCCAAGUAUUCCCCAGAGCUCACCAAAUACAAGGUUCUUCUGCGGUUGUUCUUCCUGUGUCUCAGUAUAUUUUUCCUGGUGGUGAAUCUGACUUGUGCACUGUUAGUGCAAGGAGCCCUGGAGCGUUCGGAAUCACCGAGUGAUGGGGGCAUCAGACAUGCAGUGUUGGCCCGAGUUCUGAUCAGCGACAGUCUGUUCGUCUUGUGUGCCGUCUCUCUGGCCGUCUGCAUCUUCAAGAUUGCCAAGAUGUCCUCUGCCAACGUUUACCUUGAAUCUAAGGGUACGUCCGUGUGCCAGGCGACCGCUGUCGGAGCCGUGGUGAUUCUCCUCUUCACCUCCAGGGCCUGUUACAACCUGGUGGUGGUGGUGCUGUCGCCACAGGACCGACCCAGUCCCUUUAACUGCGGCUGGUACAGUGGUUCUGAUCAGGCUGACGUGCAGGAGAUCAGCGGUGAAGCCUACAUCGUGUUUGGGAUAAUUUCCUUCUUCUGGGAGCUGCUACCCACCAGUUUAGUUGUGGUUUUCUUCCGAGUCCAGCGACCCAACCAAAACCUGGCUGCCGGAGGGAUGAUCAACAGCCACAGCUUCGGCUCCAGAACGUACUUCUUUGACAACCCUCGCCGCUACGACAGUGACGACGACCUGUCCAGAAGCAUCAACAGCCGGGCUGAUCGAGCCAGCCUGCUCUCCAGCACGCCCCAGCUGGGUGCGUCCAGUUGGUACGGCUCCAUCCAGUGUAACGGAGCUCUGCCGGCGGGCGCCGCCUCCGCCCAUCAGCCGCCCGCCUCCACCGCCCCGGUGCUCUUUGCCUACGGGAACGUCCAGAGUCACCACCACCACCACAACUACUACUCCACCCCACAGAACAACAACUACCACCACCAUCAUCACAGUAACUACUACUCCACGCCACAAAAUUAUUACUGCGGGUCGCAAACCUAUUUCUGCACCCCACAGAAUUAAGCGUACAAAGGAGCGACACUCGCAUGUCGGUCCUUUGUACGAGUGUCUUCAUUUGCGUCACCAUUUUGCCUCCCCGACUCCAUCGAAAGCAGGUGCCCUCGAGUGGUACUAUGAAAGAUGCUGAGGGCCGAGUCCAGAGCACAAGAACUGGUUGUUUUCAAGAAACGUGGUGAAAUCAACAACAGGGAAGUUGUUGUGCCACGACGAACUUCUUUUUGAAGACUUCACCAUCUUUAAAAGGAAGAAAAACGGACCAGAGUGAAAGCCAGCGGAGACCGGGGACCAGAGUUGUUGCUAAUGCACCUAAAACUGCAAAGACCAAACUUUUCCUGUUAAGUGUUUGUCAUGCAGGUUGUCAUUUUUGAAAGUGGAAUCAUCAGGGACCUAAUAAUCGCUCUCAUGGUCCAAUUUCACAUUCCUCUUAAAUUGUAUUCAGUUCAGCGCUUCUAUGGGCGGGACAAGUGGGCUUAUUGAGUUCUAGCAGCUAAUGCCGGAGAUGCAAUGGUCUCAUGACGUAAUUUUCACGAGCGUUUGGCCCACUGAGUUGUCAAAAGUAGAUUGUGUUACUGUUUUCAGUGGGAACGCACAUGAUGCGAGCAUAUGUAGCAUUAAAGUGGUGAUAUCGGCUGGACAACAACAAUGAAGGAUGCUCGCCCCAGCGUGAUCCUCAAUCCUGAUGAUCUGACAAUGAUAUGCAUCUAUAGAUUUCAUGGUGUUUCUCACUUUUACGUCUGAAUACAUUACAGAAAGUAGCUUUUGCCAUUUUGCCACUGGUUGCUGUUUCGUUGAGGGUUAGCCAGCUUCUAUCAGACACUAGAUUAUCGAAUAUAGGGAGAAUUUCUACUCUAACUAGAUCUAUUAGACCCAUCCAUCACACACGCGCUAAUAUUAUCUUUUUAGUUGCAGAUUUUUUUUGCGUUUUCAAACUGUGAUCGUUAAUUUUGCUGCCACAUAAAUAGAAAAUUCUUCAAGACUUGUAUAGUUUCACGUGUAAAAUAAGCCUUUUUUGCAGUAUUCGUAACUGAUAUUAAAAUACUGUUCAGUUGACGUCAGCGGUCAAUAAAGAAUAGAACAUGUCGCUGCCAUGUGGGAGUUACCGUCGCUCUCCAUAGCACAGCCCUGGUCAAACGUGCCGGCGCUGUCCAGGGUUCUUAACCCACAAUCACACGAUGGAAACUAUAUGAAAAGAGAAGUCACGGUACAUUGUAGGUGAUAAAUGACAGAAGAAUGAUCAAUAUAUUAAGGAUUGAAGUUGCAAUAUGUGACAUGCAACACUGGACAAUAUAUUUGACCAAAAACUGGAAGGAAUCAGCUGCUGUUUGUGAGCGGUUCAACAAUUUGCACUUAGAAAUUCACCUUCAGAGAAAAGAGGCUUUGGGGAGUGAAUGUAGGAUUUCCCCUCGUUGUGUGUGUUUCCUUCAACCUGUUACUGCUCAUCCUUUAAAAGAAGGAUCAAUGUGCCAUCGCCUUUUCAUAUCUAAGACUUUCAUUCCUUAAGGAAAAUAUUUUUGCACAAGAAAAAGGUGGGAUAGGGUGGGAUGUUUUUAAUCGAUAAUGUCAAAUCCAUUUCUAAUCCAAGCAGGUUACGUUGUGAGUCGGUAUGUUUGUGAUUCUCACAUUUUUGUUCUUGUGUAGUGUGCUUAUUUUUUUUAACGUGAUUUGUGUGUUUUAAAGAUUUUAUAGUUUCUUCAACUUUCCCUCUCUCCUAUCAUUAUUCAUAAUCUCACAUUUUCUGAAUCUAAUGAUAGACUGUGGUCUUUUUUAACGUUAUUAGAAUUGUUUUUUGUGAAUGUCCCAGUUCUCAGACUGAAAUGACUGGAGUUGAUUUGUCAGGACUGAGGAGGAAAAAGCUGCAGGAGUGUUUCUGAACGCUGUCGUACGUCUCAGACAUUUGUCAUCAAACUCAAUCUGUAAAUGACCAUGUAAACUUUGACCUGGAGGUUCAGUGUGUAGGAGCUAGUGGCAUCUCGAGAAUUAAGACAGAAUAUUACGACUUUGAAAUAUGACAAGAAUAAAGUCAUCAUUUUCAUAAAACUUAAUUCUGAAGUAACGACAACACUAUUCUUAGUUUCAGGAGACUUUUACAAAGAAUUUAAUAUAACGGUUAGAUACUAGAUCCUGCCAGAGAUCCGAUCUAAUCCCACACACUGCUCCUUUACGGUUCACUAUCUAAACGCCUGGUUCUGUUUCGCAGAACAAAUUAGCGUUGGCGUCAUUUGAAGAAAAGUGCUGUUUGUGUAAAGCGUCGCAUGUAUCAACAGGUUUCACUGAGCACUUUGAAACACAGUGAACGUCUGCGUCCAGCUGUUCUAACAUCUGUUAACACCUGCAGUGCAUGCUUCUGUGCCAGAGCGCAAGAACUCAGUGUCAUAUCUUUAUCUUAUCAUAUCUUUCCAAAGUGAUUUCAAUUGACGAUUGUUUUAUGAAUUGUUUUAUCCGUGGCCAAACUGAAUGUAAUCUAGUGUGUGACAAGUCACUAACGAUGUGUAUGCAAGAAAAGAAGCACUACCAUGUUGAAUAAAGACCCACUGCACUGUU